AUGGAGAAAUGGAAUCAAACCACAACUGGUUUCUUCUUAAUAGGGAUAUUUCCCCCAAACGAAACUGGCCUGCUCCUCUUCCUCCUGGUUGUCCUCAUCUUCCUAAUCGCCUUCCUGGGUAACUCAACAAUGAUUCUCCUCAUCUGGCUGGAUCACCACCUCCACACCCCCAUGUACUUCCUGCUCAGUCAGCUCUCUCUCAUGGACCUAAUGUACAUUUGCUGUACAGUUCCCAAGAUGGCUGCCAACUUCUUAUCUGGGGACAAUUCCAUUUCUUUGGUGGCUUGUGGAUUCCAAAGUUUCUGUUUUUUACUCAUAGGUGGUGUUGAAGCGUUACUCCUGGCAUGGAUGGCCAUUGACCGUUAUGUGGCUAUUUGCCGCCCCCUCCACUAUCACAUUCUCAUGAAUAAGAGAAUGUAUUUGCUGAUGAUUUCUGGGUCCUGGGUUUCUUCAUCCAUCAAUUCCAUUUUCCAUACAGUAUAUGCACUCUCUAUGCCCUAUUGCAAGUCCAGAAUCAUUAAUCAUUUCUUUUGUGAUAUCCCAGCCAUGGUGCCUCUGGCCUGCAUGGAUACCUGGGCCUAUGAGUACACAGUGUUCUUCAGCACCAACCUGUUUCUUUUGGUCCCUUUCCUUGGCAUCAUGGCUUCCUAUGGUCAUGUCCUCUAUGCUGUCCAUCAUAUGCGCUCCUCACAGGGGAGGAAGAAAGCCUUCACUACUUGUUCUACCCACCUCAUCGUGGUCACCUUCUAUUAUGCCCCUUUCGUGUACACAUAUAUGAGGCCUCCAUCUCUGCGUUCCCCAGAAGAGGACAAGAACUUGGCUGUCUUCUAUACCAUCCUCACUCCCAUGCUCAACCCCAUCAUCUAUAGCCUGAGGAAUAAGGAGGUGUUGGGGGCCCUGCAGAGAGUCUUUGGGAGAUUCUUACCCCAAAAAGAAUAUGUGGAGACAUAA